AUGUCGGAUGGUGAUGCUAUUAGCGCCAAUGACUUCUACGUAAGGUAUUACGUAGGGCACAAGGGAAAAUUCGGACACGAAUUUUUGGAGUUCGAAUUCCGGCCGAAUGGACAGCUGCGGUAUGCGAACAACUCGAACUACAAGAAUGACACGAUUAUCCGAAAAGAGGCUUUCAUCUCACCUGCUGUUUUACAAGAACUCAAGAGGAUUGUUGAAGAUUCAGAAAUUAUGCAGGAAGACGACGCGAACUGGCCAGAACCAGACAAAGUCGGACGACAGGAGUUAGAGAUUCUCAUGAACAACGAACAUAUUUCAUUCACUACAGGAAAAAUUGGAUCAUUGGCUGAUGUGAACAAUAGCAAGGAUCCCGAUGGUUUGCGGUCGUUCUACUAUCUUGUCCAGGAUUUGAAGUGUCUCGUCUUUUCGCUUAUUGGUCUACAUUUCAAGAUCAAACCUAUCUAA